UCCUAUUUGGUAGCGAGAAAAAAAUUGAUCGAGAACAAGACACGAAAGUGCCCAACGCUGCAAUUUUCACCAUAAACAAAGAGGACCACACGCUGGGAAACAUGAUCAGAAAUCAGCUGCUAAAAGACCCCAGUGUUUUGUUUGCUGGUUAUAAGCUGCCUCAUCCAUUGGAGCACAAGUUCGUGCUGCGGAUUCAAACGACCUCCGAUUACUCGCCCCAAGAUGCGCUGAUGCAUGCCAUCACUGAUUUGAUAUCUGAAUUGUCUCUAUUUGAAGAGAGAUUUAAGGAGGCAAUAAAAGAAAAGAAGGAAGGCCUGGACUAGAGUAUUUAAAGCAAAUUUACCACACAACCUACUCUUUUUUUGGCGGGGAAGGGAAAGUAUUUUGAUAGGAAAAUAAUGUAUUUGUACAUACAAGUAACAAUAAAUUAAUUUCAAACAA